AUGAAUUCGGCUAUGGCAUCAACUCAAUCUUCAUCGGCUAAGAACAACAAUAAUGGGAAACCGUUUGCCCAUGUACGUCAAAGUCCUAUCAAACGUACUACCGUACAUCCAACACCGACAGUUGCAACAGAUGAACAUGCAUCAAAAUCGUCCGCUCUAUCGUCGGAAAUUAAUCAUACAUUCGAAUAUAUGAUCAUGAUGAAAAGUGCAAAAAAUGUACAAAAUAAUUCAAUAUUCAAGAAACACACCUGGAAGUACAAUGAUGAAGAAUUGAUUGAAAAUGUUGUUUUAAAUAUUAUCAAGAAAAGCGUAGAAGAUGAACAAACAAAAUCCUCAUCAAUAGAUAUUGCCAUAGUAUUAGAUAAUAAAAUUGUCAGCGAUCAUCAAAAGUCUAUACACUCCCUCCUGAUGGGUCAAUCAUCACCUGUGCUCUACAUAUUGGUAGUGCGAUCACAACAAAAGAACAUUCAAACGAACGACGGAUCAUCAGCUGCAUCUCAUCAAAUGUUGACAUCAUCCUCAAUAUUUCAUUCAUUUGAGGAUAAAGAUUUCAUAUUUGUCUAUUAUACUGGAAAUGAACAGAGACCAUCAGCACAAGUAAAGCAGUCUGCGACUCGUUUUCUUGUUUUGCAAGAUGUUCAGUCGGAAUCAACAUUAGAGUCAAUUCGUGACAAAGCAAAAAAGACAGCGACUUAUAAUUGUUUACUUAAAUCAUUUCCGGCCACCGAAGAUGGUAUGAAAUCUCUCUUUGAUGAUAUUAAACAUCAAUAUUUGAAGCCACUAGAGACAGCAAUUCAAACCAAAAUAAUUGUACCGGAAUUGAAUAAAUGGAAACUAAUUCCCUGGCGUCAAGUGUUUAUAACCAUCGGAAUCAUUGUAGGUGUAACUCUGGCCCUACCAAUUGUCGGUGUCAUUGCAAUCUGGCGUCACACAAACAAUACGAAUUCGAAUGAGAAGAAUGUAAAGCAGGGUUUAAUAGCUUUGAAGAUUAUGGGGAGUACACUCUUAGCAGUAAUGUCACCACUAUUCUAUAUCAACUACUUUGCUAUCGCAGUAUAUCAAUAUUUCCUUAGUGAGAUGAACUACUGGAAUAUUGUUUUUCUCGAAGCAUAUUGGCCUUUUAUGCUGCAUUGGCACGCUAUUUUAAUGAUUGGAAUUGUUUUGUUUUACUAUUGUGUGUCGAAAACUGAGAAAUCUAAACAGACAGUUGUAGAACGUUGUUACGAAGAUGCGCGCUCCGAUUUUUAUGAAAAGAAUGCAGUAUCGAUCGGAACUACUAGAAUCGAAUCAUCCGAUGAUUUUCAGUGUUCCUGCACGGGUUGUGUUCUACCAGGAGUCGGUAUCGGAUUUUAUUUAAUCGUAACUAGCUUUCAUGUGCUGAUACCUGAAUUAAUCCGUCAAUUUGGUUCUAAUAUUGAACUUAACACCUCGCCAACGCUAAAUUAUACAGGCUUACCGUGGUAUGGUCGCUUCGUCGAAGCGUCGUAUUUAGGAGCAGGAACAGUCUAUAAUCUCUUUUUCUUUGCAAUGAUUUUAUUAGCAUGGAUAACUUACAUCAAUCUAGCUGGAAAAGUAGAUAAAAUUAUGGCUAGUGUAACAAAUAAUGACCGUUUCAUCGAACAGAAAACUGGUGCUUAUUAUGAUUUAAGAAAGCCUGGUAAUCUCGAUUAUUUCAUUAGUCAAUUUAAACAAGAAGUGGCCAAUACAGAUCCAUUUGGUUAUUGUUUGGCUACCAUUACUUACGCGUUCUUUAUUGAUGCCCUACUUAUUAUCAUUGCAGUAUAUCGUCUGUUCUUUGUGAGUGUAUCCGUCAAUGUCCUUACGGUUUUGUUACUGAUCGAUAUUAUCGUUCUCUCCUUGCCAAUCAUAGGAUUUCUGAUAAUUGUUGCCUAUAUCAAUCAAAGAAUAACGAUCGAUGCUCAACAAUUAAUCAAACGAACAAUAACGGAGACAACAAUGAAACUGAUUGAUAUCAAAUCGAUUAAGAAAAAAACAGAUGCAGUUGAUAAUGAACAAGAAUCAUUGGAAAAUGGAAUCGCGUAUCUCUCAGCCAUGUCGGACUUUAUUGAAAAUGAGAAAAAAAGAUAUUGUAUAUGUCUUUUUUUUUUUCUUGUGGUCGAUAUGGAUAUGGUACGCAAAACUGCAGUAUCCAUUGUCACUGGAAUUGCUGCAUCAUUAUUCACCUUGAUCAAGGGUAAAUCACUACUGGCAUAA